AUGGAGCAAAUAAAAAGGGCAAAUAAACUGUUUACCAAUGACUGUAUAUUUCUGAAGAAAACUUUGAACAUCCCAAUUAUAUCAGAGAAGCCUUUGUUGUUUAAUGGACUUAACUCAAUCGAUUCUCCAGAAAAGGAAACUGUUGACAGCAGUCUUUCUCUUGAAGAACAGCCAGUGGUGGCUGGGGAGGACCUACCUCCUCCCAGUCCUCAGGAAUCCUGCGUUCAGCCUAUACAGCCCGAGGAGGUGUCAGCCAGAGAUUUUCUGCAGAGACUAGACUUGCAGAUAAAGUUAUCAACACAGGCAGCCAAGAAACUAAAAGAAGAGAGCAGAGAUGAAGAAAGUCCCUAUGCAACUUCCCUCUAUCACAGUUAGAUGAUUAAGAGGCAUAACUCUAACUUGGAUCUAGAAAUGGUUGGAUCAUAAAAAAAAAAACCAACAACUGAAGAUUCAAAAGGAUGUCUUUUGGAUUCCCAGACCAUAUAUCUUAAAAUCACAAUUAGGUAGUUCCACC